AUGUCCUACGGGGGAGCUGUCCUCUGCAUUGUCCGGCUUAUGUGCGUCGAACACGAGGGGCGUUGGGCCGACCUGUCCUUCAGGAACCUGACGGCAGCAUCGCUGUUCGCAUUGAAGGUCCACGAAGGCACUGCUGCCGUGGCUACACAGCCGAAGACCGUCUACUUCGUCACCGGCCAGGGUUACGGGCACGGGCAUGGAUAUCUGCAGCAGCUCGCCCGCAGCGUUCAGCUGCCCCGCGGGCUUUCUCUGCGCUACACAGUUCGCCCAGAUACCGCCCGUCGUCACCGCGCGCGCAGCAUUCGAGGACAUGCGCCCCAAGGACUUGGUCCAGAACGGCGGUGCCUUCGCUGGGCACUCUUCGGCAAGUACUCUGCUGUUCUGGCCAUCCGGUCUAUCGCCGGCACCGUCCCCUAUCGUGGCAUCGUAGCCCAGCGUGCUGUUGCAGCUGCAGUCGCCAGCGUCGAGGAUGUGCCUUUCAAGGCUAUCGAGGACUUGUCUGGUGGAAGGACCCCUCUGCAAAAUGAGAUUCUCGGCGUGCUUCAGCUCCCCCUGGAGGAGCUUGGCCCGGCGCUAAGUGCUGGUUUUGCCGCUGUUCUCGAGAUUGGCCGCGAGAUUGACGGUCUCGACGGGAGGCCCGAGCUCGCCCACCGCGUUAUGCUGACCAGCGCUAAUUUGCUUCCGGCGCCUGAGCAGCUCCGUGGCUACGAUUUCACGAAGCCGUCUUUCAAUCAGGAGAUUCAGCUGUCCCAUGAUCUUGGGGCGGGGUAUGCCAAGUACGGGUACGGCAGCAAAUGCGACAUCUGGGAGACCGAGGGCGGACGGUGGUAUGGCACGCUCAAGCGCGGAUGCUUCGGUGUUACGACGGCUAUUAUCGUCGGCGCGUGUGCAAUUGCGCUGCAAUCCGUUGAGAUCGCAUGCGAUACGCUGCUGUCCAGCAAGACCAAAGUUAUGCUCGCGAGAUGUUGCGAUGGCUUCAGCGAGGAGGACCUGUACGAGGCACUAUGGGCCAUGAUGGAGGUACACGGGUUCAAAGUGCAUGCCCUCAUGAGUGCGAUGACAGCGCUGGAGCUCGGCUGCCGCAACCGCGGGAUUGUCGCCUUCAUGUCCAGCUCGAUUGACAAGGCCGGGCGAUCUGUUCCUGCACCGGAUCGCGCUACGCUAGCCAUCGGUCGUGGGAUCCAACCCAAACAUCCCGCGCCGAUUCUCGACAUUGCGUACCGCUCUCGCCAGCUCACUUUCCGCCGCAGGUAA